ACAAGCGUCUUGGAGAUAGAGGAUCAGCCUCCAGGCCUGACUUCCACAGUAUUGUGUGACACACACUUCAGCCCAACUUCUCCCAUCUCCAUCUGUGGACCCGAGGUCAGCUUAGUGUUAGCCAGGGGCAAUUCUGUGGUUUUGACAGGGAUUCCUCUCUGGGGCGCUCUGUCUCCCUUCCUCCCUCGCCUGCACCUGCCUUACUGCUGCCCCUUUCGUCUCUGCGAAGAUGCAGAGGUCAAAGCACGUUCCUGUGCGGUGCUGAAAAGCUCUCGGAAUCGGCCUCUUGGCCCGCAGCAUACCCUCCAGGACCCAGGGAGUGCCUCUAGGAUUCCCGCGGGCAUGCUCUUAGAUUCCCCCAACUCCUCGGCCGCUUCUCCGGCUCUUCCCUGGUUCGUGUCUGACACUUAAGAAGCAUCUUGGGGGUAGCCGCGGUCCUCUGCCUCCUGGGGUAGCAGCAUCGCCCGCAGGAAAGGGGGUCAGAGGCAGGAAGGGGAGUGGGGGCUGGGAGGGGGGCGUGAGGGCUCGCCGGCUUCAGCUGCAGCUGCUGCAGCAGCGGGCAGAGGGGUGGAGGGUGCUGAGCAGAGCUGGAGCUGGGGCCAGGAGGGAGGAAAGAGGGGGGCGGGAGGCUGUGCCUGCCGAGCCGGAGGGGUGCUCCGCGCUUCCCCGCCCUCCUUCCGGGAGCGAGGAUGCAGACUCUAGAACUGGUGCUGCUGCUGGGCUGAGGCGGAGGCAGGGGAAUUGCAACCCGCGCGGCUCGGCGAGUGUGUCUCCUGCGCGCCGAGAGGCGGGGGGAGGCGGAGGACCGGGCGGCGGAGGAGGAGGAGGGGGAGAAUGCCCGGAGCCGCCGCCGCCGCUGCCGCGAUGCUCCCGGCUCAGGAGGCUGCCAAGCUGUACCACACCAACUAUGUGCGGAACUCGCGGGCCAUCGGCGUGCUGUGGGCCAUCUUCACCAUCUGCUUUGCCAUCGUCAACGUGGUGUGCUUCAUCCAGCCCUACUGGAUCGGGGACGGCGUGGACACCCCUCAAGCCGGCUAUUUCGGGCUCUUCCACUACUGCAUCGGCAACGGCUUCUCCCGGGAGCUGACUUGCAGGGGCAGCUUCACGGACUUCUCCACGCUGCCCUCGGGCGCCUUCAAAGCCGCCUCCUUCUUCAUCGGCCUCUCCAUGAUGCUCAUCAUCGCCUGCAUCGUUUGCUUUACCCUCUUCUUCUUCUGCAACACGGCCACCGUGUACAAGAUCUGUGCUUGGAUGCAGCUCACCUCCGCUGCCUGCCUUGUGCUUGGCUGUAUGAUUUUCCCUGAUGGCUGGGAUUCAGACGAAGUAAAACGAAUGUGCGGCGAGAAGACAGACAAGUACACCCUCGGGGCCUGCUCUGUCCGCUGGGCGUACAUCCUGGCUAUCAUUGGAAUAUUGGAUGCCCUGAUCCUCUCGUUUCUAGCAUUUGUGCUGGGGAACCGACAAGACAGCUUGAUGGCAGAGGAACUGAAGGCAGAAAACAAAGAUGAUGGAAAUGCUUAAGGCAAACUAAGGUAGUGUCAGACCUCACCAUUUCUGUUAAGCCAAUAUUCUCUAGAAUGAGCACAAAACAAGUCAAAUAACAGCUAAACCAACAGCUUUGUACAUCAACAUCAAGAAGGAAGACGUUUGGGAGAGAUCAGAGUCCAGAGACGAAUAUGCACAAAAGUGAAGCACCCACCCUUCAAAGCCGCUUCCAACUGGAGAUCUGCAGGAUCGGAGUGAUUUUUCUGGGAGGCGCUAUGAUCACGGAUUAAACACCAGCUCAUUGGAAACUGUCAUUAAAUAAGAUCAGCUAACAUUCAUGAAAAUCAUAUUCAGGAACUAGUUUAAGAAAGACGAAUACAAAUGUGCUAGGAUUCACAUGUAAAAUACAUAUGUACUGAGGUUUAUAAGCUGUCCUUUUUAAAUCAAACUGAAAACAAAAAAAAGCUUUAAUCUUUCAAUACAAUUAAAUGAAAUAAAAGGGCAGUAAGUUCUAGCUUAUACCUGUCUCAGUAGCCAAGAGGCCUGUCAAGUGUCAUUUAUUGAGGAAUGCCUCUGAUCUUUGGUUCCUUGUCCCUAGUGUCCACUCAUUUCGCUGUGUAAUUAGUUUCAAACACUUGGUUAUUAAGAGAUUUAGCCUUCAAACUUAUUGCCAAGUGUGUGUUCAGUUUAAUCUGUCUGUGUGAGUUAUCACCAAGGAAAUGUUUCUGCCGUGUGCUAUGACGCCAUCAAACUGUGAAUUGCAGGAAGUACAUCAUUAUAUCCUAGGUUCCCAAGCAACAUAGAUUUCCCUGUCAUUGAUAAAACGGCAUCAAGAAACUCUGAACAAUAUAGAAAGUUUAUUUUCACUUGGAUGCUCUCUCAUGUAAUAUAUAGGCUGCUAUCAAAUAAAGUUUUUCUAAUCCUCUCUAGUAUAUGAAUAGGAAUUUAAUAUACUUUAUAAAUAGAUAUCUAAAAUAUGAGUUUUCUAUUUCUUCAUUCUAUGUCAUUAGAAAUCUAUAUUCUUUAUUUCCUUUACUGACAUAUACUCAUUUGUUCUGUUAGAAGAAAUUAUUCCAUUAAAUUUACUUCUAAAUGAGAGUAAGUGGUACUAACAAAAUAAAUAAAAACUUAAUAGCCUUAGCAGUAAAUAACUAUAAACUUAUACAUGUCAAAGGAACUUGAUAAGAAUAAGUUACCUUUUGUUUAUUAAUGUUGAUUUUGAAAAUUCUCAUAUUUUUCCCCUUUUGGUUAUCUGGUACAAGUAGUUACAACUACCCAGCUGUCUUUAAGGAUCUUUUCCUCCCAGGAUUCCCCAACUGGUGCCCUCAAAGAAAUAUUUAAAAUUGAAGUAGCCCAUUGUCCGAGGAUAAACACAAGCUGAAGUGCACAUAAAUGGGACUCAGUGGAAGCCAGCCGUGUUCUAGGCCUGAGCACACAUAUAAAAUGCCUUCCCUCCCAGGCUCAAAGUAAGGUUAAGUUAACAUCUGUUGACAGAGCACCCAGCGGGGCUGACACAAGAAUCAGGGUGUCCUCCCUUCUGCUCCCGGAAGACCACAUUCAUAUUAUUAGCCAUGUCCCACAAGAAUCAAGUGAUUCAAAUAGCUAAAGUAUAUUACAGAUACGCUCAAGUGCUCAAGCAAACGAAAUCCAGUUCACAGAGGUGUGGCUUUCCCAAAGAAUUAAAUGAAAGGAACACUUGGUCUCUAUAACUAUCGUAUUAGUCUUUCUGGGCGCUAUUUGUUGCUUUAAAUAGUAGUUGUCCUGAAGCGUUCACAAUACCUACUUACUAAAUUUAAUUACACACAACUUUUUAAAAAUUCACAUUUUAUUUAGGGGGAGGCAUCUUUAUACCCACACUAAAACCAGAAGGUAUUGGUUUCCUUUAAUUGUGAUUAUGAAUUAUGAUUAUGAUUCUGUCUGGGGUCCCACAUCAUCAUUAGCAGUAAUGUUUUUUAAAAAAAUAAAAAUAAGUACUUCCUCUCCACAUGCAAAUGUUUUUAAGAAGUUUUUUUUGCCAUAAAACCUAAGUGUAAUUUAGCAUACCACAGUUCUAUAAAGAUGGGUCAUGGAUGAUAUGCCAUUUGUACAUAGAUACCACACAUGUAAACCACUAAAUGUUAAGUAUAAGAAAUAUGUUUUUACCUUCAAAAAAAGACUCCCUUUCUCAUUCUGUUCUAUUACGUCUAAAAGUUGUGUGUAAUUUUUUUUAAGGUCCAGGAAAUGUAAAGAAAUUUGUUGGAAUACCUGAAUUUCUGUAAAAAAUAAAAAUAAGAUUUUGUUACUUAAAAAAAAUACUU